UGGUUUCUCCAAUAGGAUGGGUAUAACAGGGCUGCUCCCAUUCCUCUCCAACAUCCACAAGAAAGUGCACGUAGGUCAGUAUGCUGGGCGGUGUGUGGCUGUUGAUACCUCCUGCUGGUUACAUCGCGGUGCUUUCUCCUGUGCUUUCGAGCUUGCUACAGGACAACCCACGACAAGGUAUGUGAACUACAUAGCGAAGCGUAUAAAACUACUGCUAUAUAACAAGGUGUACCCUGUGAUGGUGUUUGAUGGCUGUAACACUCCCUCCAAGAAGAAUACCAAUGAAAAGAGAAGGGAUGUAAGACAGGCUAACAGAGAGAAAGGAAAGAAGUUGCUUGCGGAGGGAAACAAGAGCGGGGCAGUGGACAUGUUCCAAAAAGCUAUCAGCAUCACUAACGAUAUGGUUGUUGAGGUAAUAAAGGAAUGUAGCGCGAUGAAUGUCCCUGUUAUUGUAGCACCGUAUGAAGCCGAUGCUCAGAUUACUUAUCUCGUUAAAUCUGGGGUUGUUGAUUUCGCUAUUACAGAGGAUUCCGAUCUUCUACCUUUCGGUUGCCAGAAAGUCCUUUUUAAGAUGGACGAGCAAGGGUACGGUAUUGAGAUAGACUUGUCCGACCUGGGCAAGUCAACUGAUGAACCUAGAUUCGAUGGAUGGUCUAUCGAAAAGUUCAGACAAAUGUGCAUCAUAUCUGGAUGUGAUUACUUGGACCGACUUCCCAAAUGUGGGCUAAAGACAGUUCACAAGCAGUUUAGGAAGUUUAAAAACGUCGACAAGGGAAUAAAAGCUUUUAUCUCGAAUCAUAACAUGAAAAACGUUGGCAGUAUCGAUACAAAGGAGUAUUAUGAGAGGUUUUUAGAGGCAGAUCAGGCGUUCAAACACCACCUGGUAUUCGACCCUGCCAGCCAGACAGUUAAACCCCUUAACCCUCUACCUGCCCACCUGGAUGUAGCAGACCUUCCUUUUCUUGGGGAAGUAUUUGAAAAGGAACGAGGAAUCCAGCAUGCGAGUGGGAAUAUCAACCCUCAAACAGGACAAUCAGUGGGCUCCUUUCCCAGACAGCACGCUAAAGUAGUCCGGACUUGUGACCAGUGGAGGGAAUCUAAGGGGAAGAUAGGGUCCGAUACUCCGACAACAGGAGCUGCUAGCAAGGACUGGGGAACCAAGUCUAGUGAUUGGGGAUCUGCUGUUUCUGUUAAGGAACGUCCACUUAAACCUAAACCGGAGCCCUCUCUAACUUCUUGGUCUCCUACUAAGUCUCGGACAUCCUCAAAUACCCCAACAAGCACGACUUUGAAGCCGGCCAAGAGGAAUUCUAACACUCCGCAGAUUACUAAUAUGUCGCUAACUGAGGGUGAGGAGGAUACGCUAGUUAAGAUCUACGGUUCAGGCAAGCGGAGGAAGAUAAUUCCUGCAACCACUCAACAGAAGAGCUGCUAUUUUCGUGGAGACCAACCUGAGAAACCAAACAAAGCAUCCCCUGAAAGUCGAAGUCUUGACUCUCAAGCAGACACAACCUGUAGUAAUUCAGAGAGAAGUCUUUUCUUUGCUACUAAAGAAGAGGUAGACAGUGGAAAUAACCCGUUUAAGAAAACUUUCUUAAAAAAACUGUCAGAUUCAAAAGAAAACAUCCCCAUCUCAACUGCGAAUUCCCCGAAAAAAUUCCAGAGUGUUUUCACUCAACCAAGUCACGUGGUGACCUCCCAUUCCUCCGCAAUCAAUCUAGAAAAAACAGUCUCUCAGAAAUUGUUUGACGGACCGGAGGAGUACGUCAAGUCUGAUUCGCAGGAAAAUCUAUGUAAAAUACCGUCCCCAAUAAAACCCGCCCCCAGAACACUUGGUCUCUUCCGUAAACCCUCGCAGUCUUCCAUCUCGGAGGAUAGACCCGCCCAAACCAGUUCCAAUAAGUGGAUCAGUACUCAAUCUCAGAGCAGCCAAAAGUCUAAAAAGGUGCUAGGAUCGGGUAGUAAGAAACAUCCUGUUAAAAUUGGACUCAUGCCAACUCCUCAAUCGAAAAAACAAAGGACUUUAAACUGUUUUGUGAAGACGAAUACUGCUUCUCCUGAUACGAGCGGUGAAACUAAAAGUAAAUACUUUUAGAGGUGAGUAAUGUAAUUGUAAAAUGUUUUGGCGGGCUUUUUAAAUUUCCAUUUUAUUUUCUUAUUUUAAUUAUCGAAUAAAUUUGUUACUUAUCCUAUGUUAGGCAAUACUUUUUUCCUGACCGUAUAUUUUGCAUUUAUAGAACAAAUUAUUUUUAAUCAUGUAUGCGAAUUUUUAAAUAUCUAGAUUGACUUACCAAGCAAUACCA